AUGACUACCGCUCACAGACCUACCUUCGAUCCCGCUCGAGGCAAGGAAACCCUCCGUGGCCCAGCCUACCAUCAACGUCUACUGCCAGCACACACACAACUCAAGUUCCGGAAACCAGGCCAAGGCGGCAGUGCUGACCGCGACACCCGUGAUUUGCGCGCGGAACUCCUGGCCGCCGAGCAGGCACACCACGCCAAGUUGACCGGCGGCCCCGUCCCGUCAAGCAACGACGACGACACCUCCGAUCCCACUCCCGCCAGCCGCGGCGCGAAGCGCGCCCUUGAGGCCGGGUCCACCACAGCAGACGAUGACGAAGACCCCGAGGCGAAACGACGGCGGAUAAUAGAAGAAACGCGGGACAUCGACGCGGACGACUCAGACUCAGACGCCUCUGACAAAGACGAUGAUGAUGACGAUGAUUCGGACAGCGACUCUGACAGUGAUGACGAGGAGGCGGAGCUGCAGCGCGAACUUGAGAGGGUCAAGCGCGAGAGACAGGAAAAGCGCGAGCGAGAGGAGCGGGAAAAGGCCGCUGCGGAGGCGGAGCAGCGGGAGAAGGAGAUUGCUAGGGGCAACCCGCUUCUUAACAACAACAAUGGCCCAAAGACUGACUUCACUGUCAAGAGGAGGUGGGACGAUGACGUGGUGUUCAAGAACCAGGCUAGGGGCACCGAGGAUAAAAACAAGAGCAAGGAGUUUGUGAAUGAUCUGCUGAGGAGUGACUUCCACAAGCGGUUCAUGAGCAACAAUGGUGUUCCGGAAGAGCGCAUUUGCGACCGCAUCUACGCCAGCUUCAUAACAGACAAUAGGAUGGGACCUUUAUGGCCCGUCUCAGCCAGGAGUAUGAAUCAUACGAUCAUGAUCUUCAAAAUCAUCCAAUGA